CUCUAAGUGAUGGAGAAUCUAUAGAGUAAAAUCUAGAGAGAAUGUGGAGUCGGUAUGAAAAGCAUCAACUAACUUUACCUUUUCCUACCAAUAAGAGGGGCUUCUAUAUCUAAUUGUUAGGGUUAGGGUUAGGGGUUAGGGAUUUUUUCCUUUGUUUGUUCGGUUUGAUCCUCUAAAACAAACAAACCAACAAACAGGAUGGAAGGAGAGGCUGGCGAGUUCCAAGACUGGGAGGUGCUUCACAACUCCGAUACUGUACUGGUUAAGUCGGACGGUGCUGCUACUGUUGACCCGUCCAAGUCGGAUGAAACACCCAGAAAUUUUGAGGGAAUCGAUGGUGAUUCGGAGGGCAUGAUCAGGUCCGAUUACUUCUCGCUUGAGAGUAAGGAGAGGUAUGCCAAGACUGCUACAGAGGGUGAUGUGAGCGGAGUUGACUCUGACAAUCCGAGUUGGAUCGAUCCCGGGUGCGAGACACGGUAUGCGAGGAAGAACUCGGGUGAGUUCUGGUCCGAUUCGAGCAGCGAUCGUUCCGAUGAUCGUAAACUUGGUGAUUUUGACGCUAAACACGGACUAGGUAUCGCAGCAACUGCGAAAAGCCAAAUGGCUUUUGAAGGAUUUGUGGAAAUAAAACCCGAGAAUGGAAAUUUGGCUAAGUUGGCCACCUAUGAGACUAAAUUUAGCGACUUUGAUGUGAUACGGGAAUUUGGCUCCGCGGAAAACGCGAAAAUCCAAGGUGGUUUUGAAGAAUUCGGAGAAAUUCAGACCGAGGAUAAGCCUUCGAGCAACUUCUGGUCUGAUUCUGGCGGAGACGCUUUGGUUUCGAUGAAAUUUGGGGAAAAUUACGAGAAACAACGAGACUUUUCAAAGAUUUCGGGUGAUUUGGACGGUGGAAAUAGUUCGAUCGAGCACAAAGCUGAUGCGAUUACAGAAUUGAAAUCUGAUGCAGAAUCGGGCGGCGAGGGAGAGAAGGGGAGGGGAGUUUGGUGGAAGGUUCCUCUUGAAAUCUUGAAGUAUUGUGUUUUUAGAGUGAGCCCGGUUUGGUCGUUCUCCGUGGUGGCUGCUGUGAUGGGGUUCGUUAUCUUGGGACGGAGACUGUAUAAGAUGAAGAGGAAGAGCCACAGCUUGCAGCUGAAGGUUACGGUUGAUGAUAAGAUGUCGCAGUUCAUGAGCCGUGCUGCACGUCUUAAUGAAGCGUUUUCUGUGGUGAGGCGGGUCCCAAUUAUACGACCUCAGCUGGCAGCCCCUGGCGUGACUCCGUGGCCUGCAAUGAGUUUGAGAUAAAUUCUUGUAGAACAGUUGGGAAAACAACGCAGUAUCUACCAAGAUGGUAUAUAAGAUUUAUAUGUGGGUUUGUGUGAGAUAGUGUGAACCAACUUUCCCCUUCAUGUUUGAUCUCUGAAGUCGUCGAGACACUUGCGGAUCAAAUCGUGUACACGUGCAGACUACUUUUUAUUUCUUUCGGUGCACAUUGUUUACUUCCUCUCUGUCAUGAUGCUUAAAUUAUGCAUUCAACUCUUUUAUAAGAUGUGGUUAUUUUAUACCAAUUUAAAGCUAAGAAUGUUAUCUGGUA